CUUCCACCCUCUCCUCUCUUCAUCCCACACACACACACAUCAUGGCCUCCCGUGGACUUCCUCGUGCCCUCCGCCUGGCCCGCGUGUCGGCUCCCCGGUCCGUUGUGACUGCGGCUCUCCCCCGUCCUUCCCUGGCCAAGGCUGCCUCUGCUGCUCUUCCCCGCGUCACCGCCACCCCCGUCGUUCCCUCCCGCGGCGUCAAGACCAUCACCUUCGCCGACGACAAGGAAACCGUCUACGAGCGUGAGGACUGGCCCCGUGAGAAGCUCCAGGAAUACUUCAAGAACGACACCCUCGCCCUAAUCGGCUACGGCUCCCAGGGUCACGGCCAGGGUCUCAACCUCCGUGACCAGGGUCUGAACGUCAUCGUCGGUGUUCGCAAGGACGGUGCCUCCUGGAAGGAGGCCAUCCAGGAUGGCUGGGUCCCCGGCAAGAACCUGUUCGACGUGACCGAGGCCGUCCAGAAGGGAACCAUCGUCAUGAACCUCCUCUCUGACGCCGCCCAGUCCGAGACCUGGCCCACCCUCAAGCCCCUCAUCACCAAGGGCAAGACCCUCUACUUCUCCCACGGUUUCUCCCCCGUCUUCAAGGACCUCACCAAGGUCGACGUCCCCACUGACGUCGACGUCAUCCUCGUCGCCCCCAAGGGUUCCGGCCGUACCGUCCGCUCCCUCUUCCGCGAGGGCCGCGGUAUCAACUCCUCCGUCGCCGUCUUCCAGGACGUCACCGGUCAGGCCAAGGAGCGCGCCAUCGCCCUCGGUGUCGCCGUCGGUUCCGGUUACCUCUACGAGACCACCUUCGAGAAGGAGGUCUACUCCGACCUCUACGGUGAGCGUGGCUGCCUCAUGGGCGGUAUCCACGGUAUGUUCCUCGCCCAGUACGAGGUCCUCCGUGAGCGUGGCCACUCUCCCUCCGAGGCUUUCAACGAGACCGUCGAGGAGGCCACCCAGUCCCUGUACCCCCUGAUCGGUGGUAACGGUAUGGACUGGAUGUACGCCGCUUGCUCCACCACCGCCCGUCGUGGUGCCCUCGACUGGUCCCCCCGCUUCAAGGAUACCCUGAAGCCCCUCUUCAACGAGCUCUACGACUCCGUCCGUGAUGGCUCCGAGACCAAGCGUUCUCUCGAAUACAACUCCCAGAAGGAUUACCGUGAGAAGUACGAGAAGGAGAUGCAGGACAUCCGUGAUCUCGAAAUCUGGCGUGCCGGAAAGGCUGUUCGCUCCCUCCGCCCCGAGAACCAGAAAUAAACUCCUCGCCUCAUCUCUUCUUAAUAAUUCAAUGUUACUUAGAACCCCGGUGGGAAAAGUUACGAUGUACCAUGAUGAUCUAGGGAUUUGCUUUUAAUUUCGUCGGAGCUUUGUUAGGUGGUUGGUUGUAUAUCGGGAAGGAAAGGAAAUAAAAUUUUCUUAAUUUUUUCAAUGCCUUUCUUGCUAUUUUUCGUAGUAGGUAGGUAGUUGGUGGUUGUGGUGAUGGUAGUCAUGAGUCAUCGAUUAGUUAACACCAUACCACCCUACACUAGCAGACUAGCUACAGCUUGGUCCGGGCGAUCAUCCGGGGGAUUUUCCCCGCGGUCUAACGUACCACCACUACUAGAUACUAGGCUAUAAAUUGGAGAAAUAAGAAUUCCGUG